UGUCCACAGAUGUUAUCUGUUGCAAAAUGCGAACAGUUUUCCAAGAGCAAAGUUAAAGAAAAACUGCAACCCUUAAAGAACUGAUAAUGUCAAGAACAAAUAUACAAACUUAUAAUCCAUCAGUUAUUGUUGCUUGCAUGCAAUUGGUCCAAAUGCAGUACAUGACCAAGUAUUCCCAAGCUGAAACUGGGGAAUAUGCAGUGAUAUACCCCAAAUAAUGUUCCCCAAUUUCCCAUCCUUACAUCCAUUAUGAUGAUAGUCUUCUUUUAAGUUUUAAUUCAAGAUAAAAGAGUGCCAAGCUGUUGUUACAGGGACAUUUUUUUUACACAAAUUGGUACUUGAGAUCACUGAAAAGUAAACAUACCACACAGUAAACAGUACACUGUUUGUAAAUAUUUUGUCCUGUGCAUUGCAAAAAUAUUUGAUGGAUCAUGAACAAAGUAGUCUCCACUUAGCACUACAAAAUGCUUGAAUAUUGGUCCAAGGACACAAUCACACCUCACACCUCACAGUCUUCCUUAAACUUCUCACUCAGCUAACUGUUUACAUCUUGGACUGCAUAAUAUCCAUGGACAAAUAUCAGAGGAUAUUUUUGCACCAAGUAGAGGCUACUGUUUUUAUAUUUCAGCACCAAAUGGGAAAAUAUGAGUGACCAAGAUUGGGUGGUUGGUUUUAGUUUUGCAACUGAUUGGCUUGGCCAGUCACACAAGUUUUCAGGACCAAUCAAAUAGGGAAGUAAAACAAAUCCAUUGCAAUCCUGUGUUACAUUUGAUACUCAAUUGAAAAUUGCUAUAUCCUCAGUCCAAGUUUUACUUCACUGCAUGUUUGGGGCAUGAGGGAAAUGUACAAUAAACUUAUUUGAAAAAAGCAAAGUACAGCUGCACCUCGAUUAUCUGGACCUCAAAUAUUUAGUUUUUCUGAUUAUCCAGACUCACUUGUCUGGUCCCAUUUUUUCAUGCAUAUUUAUUAGUCACAUGUGAUAUCUAUAAAAAUUCUUCUCCAUCAAACAAAGCAAAGGUUCUGAGACAAUGUCAACACUAUUUAAUUAAUCCAGUUGAAAAGAAUGAUACAAUUAGUGGCAUGAACAGACUGUAGCAGCUUGAAACAAACUACUUUGCAUUUUAGGUUGCAAGAUGUUGUUAUCAUAACACUUCUUUUAAUAGGAAAAUUUUGGCAAUGGUGCACAAUGAUUUGAGAAUGUGCCUUAAUUCUAGCAUAAAAUUAAUUGAAUGUUAUGAGGACAGUUUUAACUUUUGGCUCAUGAAUUUAUAUAUUUGUUAUUAACAGGAUUAUUCAGCCCAGUUCCCACAAGUCCAAAUAAUUGAGCUUUAACAGUAAAAGGUUAAGAUGCUUAACAAAGUGGAUAUAUUUUCUGGUCACCCAAAUGUUUUUUUCAACAGAUAAGGUUUCUGUGGGUUUUAAAAGUGGUUUUCCCGUCAUUUUACUUCCUUUACCAUCAAGGAGGGAACAGUGUGAAUUUGUUCUACGCCCACUGACACACACAGUUAAAGACUUCUUGGAAAACAUACAAAAAGAAGACAAGGGAAUCGAAAGAGCUACAGUUUACAAUGUAGAUGGCUCUAGAAUUUCUGGAAGCACAGGAGUUGAUGUGUUACUGCAGUCUGAUUUUAAAGUGGUUUUGAAUGACAACUCAUAUUUUGUAUCAGUACCAGAUGAGAGUAAGUGCUAUUUAGACAAACUAAGGAUUAAUAAUUAUCAUUAUUAUAUUACAGAAAUGUCGGUUUAGCCAUCCUCACAAUUAAGCCUUUUUUCUGUACUCAAGCAAACAUCCUUCUCUACAUAUAUAGCAGUGAGAAUUGUAGUACCUCAACUGUAUUUGGCACUAUUUUGCAGUAAUUGCUUAGAGUUUGCUUAGGGUUAGGGUUAGGGGGAUCUGAAAAUGUUCCAUAUGUUUACUUCAGGUGAACUUAAUUGAAGUUCUCCUGGACCAUGUCACUAGAGCUUGUCAUACUUUCUGUAGCAUAAAGUGAUCAAGAAUAUAGUUUGCUCUAAAUGGCAGUCCAUCCAAAGUCCCCCAUUCCCCACUCUCAAGGAUCCCCCCUCCACUUUCAAGGAUUUGUCCCUCUUUUCUGUUAAUUGGCUAGUUUGCUUGAAGUAUGUAGUGCUGGUUAAGGAGAAACACUAAAGGAUCAAAAUAUCAUGUUUAGGAACACAACAGCCAGCUUUCAAACCCAAACCUUCGGAUCCUGUGUCCAAGGUGCUAACCACUGGGGAACUGUGUUUCCCAAUUUAAAAAUACUGUUGUCUUCCUAAGGAUUAACAACUAACUUUAAGAGAACAAGACUGGAAUUAGGAGGAAGUUAUCCAGAGUUUACUAUCUAAACCAAGCAAAUAGUGCAGAGAGUGGAGAUUCAAGGCUCCUGCCAAUAGUAUUUGACUGCUUUGGAGAGUACAUUUCACUGAUUUUCAUCAAUUUAAUUCUUUUGCUCUCUUUUGUAGCCAAACCUCCAAUUGAUGACUUUAAAACAGUUGCACAUGUUAAAACCUUGGUCCACCAGUUGUACAGUGCUAUGAACAUAGAGCAACAUCAGGUAUGUGGCAUGAUCUAUUUAUAUUUAUAUAUAUAUAUAUAUAUAUAUAUAUAUAUAUAUAUAUAAUAAGCUCAGUUAUGCACGCAUUCUGAUUGGUUCUCACUUAUGAUCUAUUGGAGGACGGACGUGUAGAUGACGUCAUCAUUAAAACUUUUUUCCCGCAUACUUUAAGUCUUUAUUAUAUAAAACAAAUAGAUUCCAAGUUGCCGUGCGUCUGUUCAGUAAUAGAUCACAGAGGACGUCAAAAUGUGGUAAGAACAUCAGUGACACACUCGGCUGCGCCUCGUGUGCCACUUUUUUAUUCUUACUAAAUUUUGACUUCAUCUGUGAUCUAUUACUAAACAGACGCACGGCAACUUAGAAUCUGUUUGUUAAGUGGAUUCACUGUCUUUCAUUUGUCUAUUUCACUAUGUUAUAUUGUAUACCAAAAAUGGGAAGUAUGGAUAAAUGACUUGGUUGAUUAUUUACAUUAAUGUAAAAACUCCUCUGAGAAACUUAAUUAAUUAACUUAAUUACCCUGUUAAAAAUACAUGAGGCCAAGUAAAGACAAUUUCUUGUGAAAAUAAGUUUGUUUGCAUGGUAAUGAAAAAUGCUUUUCGUGUCAAUGGAUUCACACUGGUCCUCAUUAAAAAAAUUGCAGUUUCUGUAUAGCUCAAUAUCGGAGCUGUUUUUUUUUUUGUUUUUUUGUUUUCAGCUGGAAAAAGAACGUUAUUUGAUGGCAGAGCUGGAAAAACUUCAACUAGAACUAAAGCCUAUGGAAGACAUCAAAGCCGAAAUCGACCGCAAGUCAGCUCAACGAACCAAUAUUGUAGUGUGGGGUGGGCUGGGGUACAUGGCAUUCCAGUUUGGUCUGUUAGCAAGAUUGACUUGGUGGGAGUACUCUUGGGAUAUCAUGGAACCUGUAACUUAUUUUGUGGGAUAUGGAACUGCCAUGGCUUGCUACGCUUACUUUGUGUUGACAAGACAGGUAAGAAAUGGUCACCAUCGCAGCUGUAUACAUGAAUGUCUCUCGAACACUCCCCUCCUCCCUCCCCCCCUCCCACCCUAAGAGAUGUUAGUUAGGGAGGAGCGUUACUUAGCAUUCUGCUGAAGGACAGCUGCAAGGGAGACUAGGUAACAAUCUACGUGGCUCUAUUCGACGUGCAUGAGAGAGAUUGCGUUGCGUGAUGUGACAAAGCACACUCAACUGUAAAACGCUCUUGUUGUUUGGUUUGAUAAGGAAAUACCAAAUUGAAAGAAUUAAGAGAAAAAAUUCAAAUUGAAGGAGAAGAGUUUAACGAUUAUUUCUGGGGUGAUUUGCUGUCGUCGUGAGUCGACACGUCACGUUUUUUUUUGUUUUUUUUUUUCAGGAAUUCCUUUACCCCGAUGCCAGAGAUAGGCAGUUUUUACUGUUUUUCCACAAGCUUUCAAAGAGGAAAGUAUUUGAUAUUAGGCGAUACAACGAAAUUAAAGAUGCUAUACUAAAAAUUGAAGCAGAUUUACAAGUUCUGCGCAGUCCGUUGUUCUUACAUUUGCCUGAAAAUGCUCGGAUGGAGCUGUUGGAGAAAAUUUCUCCGAAAGAGGAUGAAAAAUAACUUUGAGAUAGAAAUAUUCCGUUUAAACCCGAAGUGAGGUGUACUUUUUUUUUUGUAAUCUUCCAUGGACUGUGGCGAAAUAAUUAUAAUAAAAAUAAUUCUUAAUUUGAGUGUCAACAUAUAAAUUAAUCUUUUAGAGCGAGAUAGCAACUCACACUAAGACCAAACCUUGCACCUUUUGACCCUUUAGAUUGACGAGCAUCAAAUUUCUCCUUACAAUAUCACCCUGAAUCAAACAUUAAGGUCGCAAGAAUAACUGAAAUGAUCAACUUAAGAAGCUCGACUGUCGAACAAGUUCUCCUUUGUUAGCAACUUACGAAAUGCGGAAAGAACAGAAUGGAAUGUAUGUAUACUGAUGCUACUGUGUGUAGGGUUAAACAAUUGUGGGUUUUGCAACCUGGGGAACAUGUACCAAAGGUCCUGGUUGCAGUCAUAGCCGGGGUCUUUAUUUUCCUGUGCAUUCUCGGGCUAGAUGAAUGAGUGGUGCUAGUGAACUGUCAGGAAAAUCCGGGUGGACAUAGUAAGAAGUAGAGUGGCAAGGGAAAAGGAGGGGGAGGGGGGUACCUUGCAGUAGACCAACAUCUCAUCAAGGAAAUAUGAUAUUCAUAAUCAGCUUAUUCUUGAGAAACUGAGGAAAAGCUUAACAGCUAUGCUUUGCUACAACUUACUGUGAGCACUUACUUUGUCAAUGCAUGAUUAAGCAUGAGCCUGGAAAGUAAACACAUCGGUCAAACGGUCAGUCCAUGAGCAAAUAUUGGAGUGGCCCUACAUCGUGCAGUGACAGUUUUUAGAUCCAAGCUGUAUACAAGGGGUUAAAACAACUGCACAAUUUUGUAAAUCGCGGUUCGUUAAAACGAAUAAUUUUUUAAUAAAAUACAAGUAUUCAC